AUGCAUGAGUUGAUUCGUCGCGCCUACGAGGAAAUGUGCGUCUAUUCGAAUCACUAUGCAGCUAUACGCAUUAUUACGGCAGGCCUUCAAUCGUCUGAGAACGACAGUGAGAGCAGUGGGUCGCAGCGACAGUCCACACGGAGACUCACCCCUUACCAAACAGGAGCCGUCAUAGGGAGUCGUAACCACAACAACGACACCGUCACAGGCAACACCUCUGCUGGUGGGUCCUUUGCCGAGACCACAGCUUUAAGUAGGGGCACUAUUUUAUCGGUUUCAGAGGGCGGCAAAGCGGCGCGGUUAUCGCCAUACCUGUGGGGAGCUAUUAAUCGUACUCAGAGGCUUCGAAUGUUGUUAUUGCGUGCAGAUGCGUACUCAGUCCUAAAGCAGCACGAUAAAGCCCUAGAAGAUGCGUUAGAGGCUGCUCAAAUUUCUUAUGAACGUUCUCCAGAGGCCUACUUUGUGAUGGGACGGGAGUACCUGCGCCUCUUUCGUCUUGGCAGUGCAGUGAAUGCUUUUGAUAAGGCGGAAGAACUUCUCUUGUCGGUGCCUCUCUUGCAUGGAAACUCAUGUGUGGAGGAAAUUACCGAUGAGAACUUUUGGGCACAACGUGGAUACCACAUGAAGGAUGUUGAGCGCUUGAAGCUGAAUCGCCAUGCCAUGGAGCGGGAAGAGCAAAGAGCAUAUAGUGUGAUGUUUGAAGAAGAUGGAAAUAAUGGCAGUAUGACUGCCGCGCCAGCAUCGCAACGCGCAUUAGUUACUUCCAUGUCUGCUGAAGGCGCAAACACCGUUAUACCUCAGUUAGCCCAUUGGAAGCAACUUGCUAAAGAGGCACGAGCGCUGCAUACUAUGAGUACUUCGCAUGUACUGCCGAUUGGCUUCCUGCAAACAGCACUGCAGUUUUUAGAGCAUCAAAUGAAUUUUGUUCGAUGUGGUGCCGUGGCAUGCAUAGAAAACACAACCUCUCGAAAUUUCCGGAUGACAGGGUGCGCCUCCCCCGAUGCAGUCUUUCGAAAUGGUAUGCAAUUUCCAGACACCAUUCCUCCGGGCCACUGCGGGGUCGCCCUCCUCCAGCCGCGAGGACGUUGGGGGGGUUUUGUCUGCUCCGUCUGUUACGAGAUGGCAGACAGCGGUGUGGGUUGUUUUUUUUGCUUCGAAACAUCCUUGAUGGGGUUAAACAGGUGUGGUGUGCGCUUUGCCUCGGAGCAGCGUUCUUUAGAGUUUGGCUGUGGCCUGAAAGCACCCAACAGCAAGGCUUCCGGAACCUCGUCCAUGGGCACCCCGACGAGGGACCUUGUUGGCUUCAAGAUACCAAACCCCAGCCUGUGGCUUCCAACGCAAGUCGCACCACUACCCUCUGGUCGCAAGUUGAAGUUGUCCGGCGCAACGCGGAGCAGUAGCCGAGUGAUGAUGUUUACUGCGACCGAAAUUCUCUCCGUGCGCCUACGAUCCGUGGAGCUUCUGACUGCCCUGGAGUUCGCGGGCCCCAACGUGCUAAAGAAGAUGAGUGCUGUCAACCGGCGGUACCGUGAGUUAAUCAACAACCUUCCGCCACCCAUGUUUUUUGGAGCUGGCCGCUGCUCCUACCCGGACUACUGCCUUUCGAGCGAUCGCCUCAGUUCACCCUGGAUUGUACACGACAAGGAGCCGGUGAAGUGGAACUGUCUCUUUGACGGACGAUUGCUGAACCGAGAACUGUUUCAGGUCACCGACGCCACCGAUCCGCAUAAAACUAUUUUAUAUUUUUUAGGUGAGAGUAGCGGCUCCGUUGAAACAAUGGUGUUCUACGGCGAUCGACGCACCCUCAUUGCACAGAUAAAAGGGAGCUGGGUCCCAUUCAGUAGCACGCUGUACCUGUGUACAUCGUCGGGGCGUACUUUUGCCUCCUGCUUUCUUAACCGGAAUUCUGAAUUAACACUCGCCUGGGAUGGCGCCAACAAAAAAAAUAAGGAGGAAGACGUGGAGUACGUGAUGCAUCGAAUAGAUUCUGCGCGACGUAGAAGCAUUAUGGCGAGAAUGAACACGGUGUUAAACCUUUCCACCGUAAAUGGGAUUGCUGGUACAGAGGCUAGCGACGCUGCGUUAAUCUCUUCUACGAGUGAGGUCGCUGACGCGGCCACUUCUGUCCCAACGGGAAAAAUCAAUCGGGGCUUCUCACUUGAGACGUAUGCCGUGUGGCGUUCACAGCGGACAAGCGUGGGUAGUCUUGGGAGCGGCGUCUCCAGGCAAACGAACAACGGAAUGGAGCUGGUGGGGGAAGUCACGAUUAACGUCCCCUCAACACAAACAACGACCAAAGGGAGCGUUGUUGCUGAAAUUUUGUUGUGUGCUGGUGCGGAUGCGUUGCUGGUCACACUGAUGGCAUACUGUCGAUCCCAAUGGGACAGUUGA